AUGGUAAAAAAAAGAAAAAGAAAAGAAUCCCUAAGUAAUAACGAUGAAAGCAACAAGAGGAACACCGAAGUAACAGACGGUGGUCAAAUUUUGGAAAUUAGUUCAGAACUGGAUAAUACUACCUCCAAUGCCAACAUGAUGGAAGUGGAUGAUUCAGUGAACAAUUCAGAAAUAAUUAAUAGUGAUUCAGAAUCUCUAGAGAAAACAGCAAAUACUGCUCAACAAUGUUUAGAAGAAAAAGUUUUAAAAGGAAAACUUAAAUUUGAAGAAUUUGACAAUCUAGAGAGGAUAAUUUUGAAUAAGCAAACAAUUAAAGAGAUUGAGGAAGUAGAAUUUAUUGGUUUGCCUAAUAUAGAAUUAAUAGGAUUUAACUUAAAUUACAUAGAUGGAAAAGAAAUCAAAGGAGUUAAUACUAUAAAACUCACUAAUCUGCCUGACUUAAAGAUUUUUUUGGCUAAUCAUUGUAAGAUUAAAAAAAUAGAAAUUGACAGUUGCCCUGAAUUGUUUGACUUUCGAGUAGGGAACAAUCUUCUUACCGAAUCAGAUUUCUUAGAUAAGUUAAAUCUAAAAAAAUUAAAUAUUCUAAGUAUUCAUAGUAAUCAUUUAGGAGAAAGAGAAAAAUUAACUUUAACUCGUUUUGAGAAAUUUAAAAAUUUAAAGAGUUUAUUUAUUGAUAAUGUCAGCAAGAAAGAGGUGGAAGGGAAGAGUCUCUAUAAUCGCUUUUAUGGUUCAUUAGAGCCUUUGAAAAACUUAACUAAGUUGGAAGAGUUGAAUAUUAACAACACUGAUAUCGAUAUAUUCUCUGGAUUAGGUGAACCAAAAGAAAAUGAAAAUAAGAAAAGGGGAGAAAUUGAAGAGUUAGACAUUAGUGGCGAAGAACUAGAAGGAAAAUUAGACUUAGAAGAAUUCAAUAAACUAAAGUACUUGAUUUGUCGCAAUAAUAAGUUAACCAAAAUCGACUUAAAAGAUUGCCCUAAACUGGUAGGUAUUGAUUGUGAAAAAAAUGAACUAAAUGAACUAAUUUUCAGUAAUAACCAAAAUGAAAAAUUAAAUUUAAAGGAAUUUCGGGGUUCUGAUAACAAAUUUUCUAAGUUAAAAGCUAUUACUGAUUAUAUAAGUUCCGAAACUCUAACCUAUUUAAACAUAAAUGAUAAUAAUAUUUCUAAUGCUGAGAUAAGUGAAUUUAAUCAGUUUUCAAACUUAGAAAACUUAUAUAUUGGUAAUACUGAAGAGCGAGUAAACAAUCACAUGUCUAACCAUCUUUUUACUGGUUAUUUAGGAGAUUUAAGUGGUUUGAAAAAAUUGCUUGAAAUCGAUAUUCGCUAUAAUGGUAUCGAAGUAAAAGAUGAUUUUUUAACCUAUUUAAAAAAUGACAGAAAAUUACUAGGAAAAUUGGAAAAAAUUUAUUGGGUUGGUGAACGUAGUGAAUACAAACAAUACUAUGAAGACAAUUUUUAUGAUGUAAAGGCUUUAAGACAGAAGAAAUCAUCACGGACAAUUAUAAGGUCAAUAGUAAAAAGUCCUCUUUUGUCAGAAGAUAAAAAUUACAAAGUAAAUAGAAUAAAGGAUGACUAUAAUAUGAAAAAAGAAUACUAUAAAAAUAGUAAGUUAAUUUAUCCUUCAGAAUCAGAAACAGGUGAAAUUUACAAGAUGAAAGAUCAAGUUCCGCAAUUGGAAAAUAAUUCUUUAGGAUCUGGGAUGAAAAAAAACAUUAGAGUGAAAAGAAGGAUUGAAUGUGCUGAUGAUGCUAAACAUUAUGCAAUUUUAUCUUAUUCUUGGGGCGAAAGUGCUGAAGAAAGACUAAGUCCUGGCGGAGUUAAAUCAUUAGAUAAAGCCAUUCAAACUCUAAAAAUUCUUAAUAAACAUCAUAUUUCAAGGAUGACAAAAGGAAACGAAAUUGAAUAUCUAUGA